AAGGGGGCGUGGUUAAACCUCUGUGCCUGACAAACCAAACUCAGGGCAGUAGUUUUCAUCUUUCGUCAAACGUGGCUAACAGCGCUGAGAGCGGGUUGACAUGCAGUGACUGAUCCGUGUCCUCCAGCUGCUCCAACAUGUUGUCCCCGGUCUGCAGCUCUGUGAGGUCCGCUGUCAGACUCCUGCCGCGGCGGAACAGGGCUGGAGGAUUCAUCUGGUGCCCAUGCAGACGUAUUUUUGUGAAACCAGGAAGUGUGAGACCAAAGACGGUUCCAUGUCGGUACCUUGGUCAGCCCAGUCCUUUCACUCAUCCUCACCUCAUCAAACAUGGGGAGGUGACCCCAGGGAUAACACAGACUGAAUACGAGCUCCGCCGGCAGAAGUUGGCCUCACUAAUCGAGGCCCAGGCAGACAAGCUGGGACCUUCUACCUCCUCCAGCAACCACGUGGUCAUCGUCCUAUCCCACCCAACCCGCUACAUGACAAAUGACAUCCCUUACCCCUUCCACCAGAACCAGAAUUUCCUCUACCUCAGUGGCUUCUUGGAACCCGACAGUGCCUUGGUUCUUUAUGGGAAGGGUCGACCGGAUCAGGCCAUCUUGUUCGUGCCUCACAGAGAUCCGGGGAGGGAACUCUGGGACGGACCUCGGUCAGGAAUGGACGGGGCGGCUGCCUUGACUGGUAUAGAGAGAGUUCAUCACACAGAGGAACUGGGUCUGGUUCUGAAGAGCCUUAAAGGCACUCAGUUCUGGUACGAUACCCCUCACCCCUCCCACCCUCGUCUCCACCAGACUCACCUGCUCCCCGUGCUUGAAACGGGUCCAGCCCCGCGCCCUGUCAGACCUCUCGUGCACUCCCUCAGGGCCCUGAAGAGCUCCGCUGAGGUGUCGCUCAUGCAGGAGGCAGGUCGGAUCACGGCGCAGGCUUUUAGGAGAACGAUGGCGUUGUCUCAGGGGGAUGUAGAUGAAGCGGUGCUGUUUGCCAAGUUUGAUUUUGAGAAUCGGAUUCAUGGUGCUAACUUUCUGGCUUACCCCCCUGUGGUUGCUGGAGGGAAUCGUGCUAACACUUUGCACUACAUCAAUAACAACCAAAUUAUCAAGGACGGGGAAAUGGUUCUGCUUGACGGCGGUUGCGAGUACUUUGGCUACGUCAGUGACAUCACUCGAACGUGGCCGGUGAACGGGCGAUUCAGCACCCCCCAGGCCGAGCUAUACGAGGCUGUCCUGGAGGUUCAGCUGUCCUGCUUGUCUCUGUGCUCGCCAGGCGUCAGCCUCGAUCACCUCUACAGCACCAUGCUGGCUCUGCUGGGGCGGCAGCUGAAGCGGCUUGGCAUCCUCAAAGCUGGAACCAGUGAUGUUGACGUGUUAAAGGCUGCACGUCAGUACUGCCCUCACCAUGUAGGCCAUUACCUGGGCAUGGAUGUCCACGACACUCCUGAACUAUCCCGCUCACAGCCUUUCCAACCAGGAAUGGUCAUCACAAUAGAACCAGGGAUAUACAUCAGUGAGGACAACGAGCAGGCUCCAGAGCAGUUCCGUGGUCUGAGUGUCAGAAUCGAGGAUGACGUUGUGAUUCAAGACAAGGGAGGACCUCUGAUUCUGUCCUCUGGUGCACCAAAGACCAUCGCUGAUGUAGAGAAGGCUUGUGCCAUGAGAUAGGACACAGAAAAAAAUAGGUCAGAUUAUGGCUGCUCUACUUUUCAAAUGUUUAAUUUAAAAAUCAGGAUUUUGGUAAGUCUAACUCUUGGUUGCACAGAUUUUAUAAUCUGAUGUUAACAAUCAUAAACUUUGCAGACAAGUGUAGUAUCUUCCCACUGGUCAACACACUAAAUGUACAAGAAAGGAAGAACAAUCUUGCACGUGUGUGCCUGCCGUUAUGUUUUACGAGACCUCAUGCACAGAACAGGAAAUUCAGCUGAGUGUUGAGGGUUUUUGUUCCUUAUUUAGCUACAAAUCAGAGCAACAUUUAUGCAGCGAUCCUUAUUUUACACCAGGUUUAAAAAGCAGAAGUUUUAGUUUUCAUCUAAAAAUUGAAUAUUUCUUUUUUUAGGUGUUUAUACCAAAAAAAGAUACUUUUUUCUCGUCUUAUGCUGAAUCACAAAAGAUUAAAAGACCAAGUGCAGAACAUUAACUCACCUUACUUUAAUUAUGAGCCGGCCCGGGAGUAUGACUGUAUCAACACACGUUCAUGUAGUAUUAAAUGAAGUGUGAAGCGUCCAGUUUAUUAAAUGGAAAAAGUUAUUUUUACAUCUGAAAUGUGAAAAAUGCACUGAUGAAUGUGACUCAGUUAUGGUGUCUGUGUUCUUUGUGAACUUUUACAGAAAACUGUGUUUGUAUGUAUUAAAAAAACUAAUUUUA